UUAGACUCAGUCGACUAUAGGGUUGUAGCUGUCACAAAUUUCACAAGUUUUCGAUAAAUUUGUACGAAUUGUUGCUGACGUUAGCCUCGCGAUUUUGUUUAUUCAGUUUGCUAAUAUUACAAUUUCAUGCCUCUAUAUUCGUCCGAUUGAUUCGAGGGAGCAGAAUGAUGGACGUUGAUACGAACGACGAGCCAAAAUCUGGUAAUGAUGCAGGUGCGAUUGGCGAAAAUGUUGAAUUGGAGAAUUUACAGGCUCAACCCACCGCUAAAAAAAGAAACAGGAGGAAAGAAAGGUCGCGGAAGAAAAAGCCAGAUUUAGAGACCGAUCAGUCAGCGGCUAUUGCUACCCAGAUGGAAGCUGUACGAUUAGAUAGCGCAUCACCUCAAAAUGGGGUUCCUGAAUUAAGGAAGGGAUCGGAAGGUUCAGCAGCUAGAAAUUUAGACGGAGGGGAAAACAGCUCCUCAAAGCUUGUGUCAUCAGCAAAGAAAAAGGCCAAAAGGAGAAAAAAUGUUGCCUUAUCUUCCAUUGAGAAACUUUCCAUUAUCAAUGGUACACCUUCAGUUUCUGUGUCAAAUGGCAACUCUAAUCUUGGUAGAGGACUGCUCACAUCCUCUAUGACGAAUGUUGAGCUUCCAGAAUUAAAGGCCUCCAAUUCAAUGCAAGGAGGACCUCUCUCUAAUGGGCCAACAAACCAUAAAAGUGCCAAACACCGCAAUUCUCCAGAUCCUGGGCAGUUACGUGAUCAACUAGACACCCGCAGGGGUUCCAAAAAUCAACUCCCCCGAAAUCGCCAGCGGACAUCUGAUCAGCAAAGGCCUCAUGGUGCAGCAAAGAAUAAGCAAGACCAUGGAGGCUCUAGAAACAAAACAUUUCAAAGAAAGCAUGAUCAUAUUCUAGAUGAGAAUAAAUUUGAGCCUCAUUUGCAAAGGGAGCUUGUUCAAGUGAUGUUGAAAGAGCAACAGACUGUCGUCAAAGGAUUUAUUCGUAUAAAUCAAAGAAAUUAUCGAGAGGCAUACAUAAGUAACCCUGAUGGCACCAAAGAUAUUUUGAUUGAUGGAGUGAAAGAUAGAAAUCGUGCAUUUGAAGGGGAUGAAGUGGUUGUUCUCAUUUUACCUCAAAGCACCUGGAAACAGCAUGAAGGUGCGCUUCAGAAAGUUGGUAAAGUGAUUCACAUAUGGACCCCUGUUCAUCAUAGACAAGCUGUUGGGAAUCUGAAGAGAUUGCAAGAUGGAAACUCACGACAGGUUCUUUUUUCUCCACGAGAUUCACGCAUACCUCGAAUGCGCAUUCCCAUCAAAGAGUGUCCUUACAAGCCAAAUGAAUGGGAAAAUUGUUUGUUCCAAGCUCGUAUCACAGAGUGGGAAGAUGUUCGUUUUGCCGUGGGACGCUUGGUUGGGGACUCCGUUGGAGCGGAAGGGGAUAUAGAAGCAGAGACCCGAGCUCUUUUGCUUGACAAUGAAAUCAAUUGGAUGCCCUAUGAGGAGAAAUUGUUCAAAUAUUUUCCAUCUACCCCAUUUACCCCAGCUGAAAGUGAUCUGGUUGGAAGGGAGGACCUAAGGAAACGCUGUAUCUUCACCAUUGAUCCGCUUACAGCAAGGGACCUCGAUGAUGCAGUUUCUUGUGAAAAGCUCAAAAAUGGUAAUUUUAAAGUUGGGGUUCACAUAUCAGAUGUUUCAUUUUUCCUUAAAGAAGGAACUGCAUUAGACAAAGAAGUUGCCAAAAGGGCCACCACUACCUAUCUUGUACAGAGGGCCUAUCAUAUGCUCCCUAGACAAUUGACAAUGAUGUGCUCUCUUCUUCCUGGUGAAGACAAGUUAGCUUUUUCAGUCUUUUGGGAAAUCACACCAAAGGCUGAAGUGGUUUCUCACUAUUUUACACGCUCUGUCAUAAAUUCCUGUGCCCAAUUAGCUUAUGAACAUGCUCAGAUUAUGAUUGAUGAGCCUGAUCACAAUUGGACAGAAGGGGAACUUCCCCAAAUUUUUGGCGGGUGGACUGUAGAGGAUCUGAAGGAAGUUGUCUUGUCUCUGCAGUCACUAGCUGCCAUCAUGCGUCAGGAGAGAUUUGACUCGGGUGCCCUUCGUGUUGAUCAACCUAAAGUAGUAUUUCGUCUGAAUGAGUCCGGAGAACCCAUUUCCUAUGCUACUUAUGCCAACAAAGAGAGUCACAGACUGAUUGAGGAGUUCAUGCUUCUGGCAAAUAUGACUGUUGCAACAGAUCUACAGAAUAAAUUUCCGCGCUUGGCUUUCUUACGGUGCCAUGAAGAGCCCCAACCCGAUUUGCUGAAAAAGCUCAUUGAACUAGUGGAAAAGUUUGGAAUUGUUCUUGAUGGAUCAUCUGCUGGGUCUCUCCACAAAUCCAUUCAGGGAUAUUCAACCGACAACAGAACUCGCUUUUUGGCUCUAAACAGUCUCUGUUCUAGGCCCAUGGUCAGAGCAAGGUAUUUCUGUGCUGCCAACAUCCAUGAUGUGAAAUACAUGCGACAUUACGCUCUGAAUGUGCCCCUCUAUACCCAUUUCACAUCCCCAAUCAGAAGAUAUGCUGAUGUAAUGGUCCACCGCCUCUUAUCUUCACUGUUGGGUUACUGUAAUGAACCAAACUGGACUGUUGAUUAUGUUAACACUAUUGCUGCAACCUGCAACAAAAUGAAAUUUUGUGCCAAGAAGGCGGGUGAACAAAGUUCGGAGUUGUUUUUUGCCAUAUGGGUAAGGAACCAUGGCCCUGUUGAAGAGGAAGUAAUUGUUAUUGAUGUCAAAGAUCACUCUUUUGAUGCCUUGGUUUCUUCAACUGGAACCAACAUUCGUGUUUACACUAAUAAAUUGGCUGCAAGUGUAGAGUUUGAUAAUUCCGUUAUACCACAACUUUGUAUUAAAUGGGCCGUCUCUGAAAAUGGCUCCAAAUUGACUCAUCAAGUGAUCACCAUGUUUAGUGUUGUUCGUGUUUCCCUUCGGUGCUCUAACACUAAUCUCCUGAAGGUGGAGGCAUCAUUAAUUCCUCCAGGGUUUUAAGUACGGAGACCAAAUAUUACCAUCCUCAAUGUGAUAGAUCAUGUAUUUUUAUUUUGCUUUUAGAAUAUUUUUGUCAUUGUACUUAAAUAUUAUGGCCAUGUAUAGUAAAGGUUUUGGCGGUUUUGGCUCAAAAAGUUUUAAUUUAAAAAAAAAUUCAGCAUGUUAAAUUUUUUGCCUGUUUUCCUGAAUGAUUUUCUCAAAUUGUUACUAAUUUAAGUCAUUUCAAACACCUUGGUGUCCAUACUUGUGUCAAAUGUUGAAUUUCAAAUUCCUCCAUUUCAUAGUACACAUCUUGAGAACUCUUUUAAUUUUUCAAGUGGUCUUCUCCCUCUCAACCUAUUUCCUAAAGUUAUGAAAUUUUUGUAAUAAAACCCUCUACUUUUUUCUGUUUUGUUUUUCCCAUUAGAGAAUAAUUUCAUCUUCAGACUUAUGGGCCAACAGUGAUACAGAAGUGAUUCCUAUUACCAUGCCCCUGGACUACAUAUGUGAUUUUACAUGCUUGUGAUGUAUUUCCUGUUUCUUCUUUCUUUUUAAUAGCUUGGUCCCUAGUCCUGUGUUAUUCUGGUGGUAUCCUCUGUGAUCAUGUUGAUCUCAUGAUUAAAUUUCAUUUGUCUACGGAAUUUAUUUAUGUGAUAUCAUUCACGUUAUUUAAAGGGUGGUUAAGGUUGUGUUAAAAUUAAUAUAGUUGUAAAUAGUCAUUUUUGAUUGAAGUUUCAAGAGUAACUGAUCAUUUCAAUCCUAUCUUUUUCCUAUUAUUAGCCAAUAACUUGGUUAUUUUUUGUUUGUUUGUAAAUUUAGUCUAUGUUGUUAUGAAUGAAUGAAUGAAUUUUUCUUGUUAAUGGAAAAGACUGCCAGUACUGUAACAUGUAAUUAUCCCCUAUUGGAUAUUUUCUUCACUGCCAAGUUUACAAUGGCCAUCAGUGUACACAAGUGCUCUCGGGAGUGGAAAAUGAUUUUGUUCCCUCACAUUUAUUUGUUCUUGUGUCAAAUGUGUAGUGCGAUAUUGGUGAUGUACUCCUUUAAUACUUAUUAGAUCAAUGGCUUCUUAUUUGAACAAUCUGUGUCUCUGUUUCAUUAUCAAAUUUCACAUUUAUUGUGGCUUGCUGCUUCUGUAUUUGGUAUGAUUUCUAUCCAGAAGUGCUGUACAUUUUAAGUUCGUUUUAUUUUCAUGACGGUGUGCUUUGUAAGACUAAUCACGAUAAGAUAUACAAAAUGCUUAUAAUGUUGGAAUCAUAUGCCUCAGUCUCUAACUUGAUUUGAAACUGCUCUAGUCCUUUUUUAGGGUAGAUAUGUUUGCAACUGAGACACAGGGCCUGUUGAAACCCUUUUGUUAUUGCCCUUUUUUGACAAGAAACAAUAAUUUGUGUCCUUUUUUAAAUAAACUUUUCAAAACAAA